AAAGGCCACCAUGGCCCUUGUGCGGAGCUAUCGCAAAGGACGCAGAAGAAAAACUAGGGUUUCCGUGAAAGCAAGCAACAGCCUUACAGUCGACAAUAUGAUCUACGACGUCAACUCUCCUCUCUUUCGCUCAUUCCUCAGCCAGAAGGGUGGCUCUUCCGAUAAGAGGAAAAUGGAGGAGCAGAAGCCAAAGGAACAGAGACCCAAAGCUAACGAGAACAAGCCUGUUAUGACAGAGUGAGAGGUGCUGUAGUUACCAGCUUUAGAAUGAGUGAGAUGUUUUAAAAUGCCAUUAUAUAUGUUGGGGAUUUCCUCUCAUCUAGUCUAAACAUGAAUUAACCUAUUGCCUUUGGAGUUUGCUAUGAACUUUCGUUUGGAAAUGGAUGUUAAUUUGAGUUUGUGA